ACACCAGGUCUUGCGUCACAGAGAGUGCUAGAUGAGCCUCUUCUGUGUGCAGUUUAGCCAGCUCAGCUGUACAACAGAUCGCAAACGGAGGAGGACGAGAAGAGAGGCGGGGGCUUCAAAAUCAUCAAGUGCUGCAGAGAGAGGAUUGUGUGUGCGCGGGGUGAAUGAUCGCCUGGAUAUUACGCAGAAGAUAAGAGGGAUACAGAGCUGUUAGCCUUGGAUACUUGAAUGGAAAGUUAGCAGCAGUUAUCAAAUAAAUCACUAACUUUCCAGCUUUCACCAUGCAUCUUUGAAAAUAUAUAAUUUGUUCUAUUCAAAGGCAUCAUCCUUUUUCUGCCAAUCAAGCUGUUAUCUGGCUAUCUACAUGAUUUGGUUCCAACCAGGCAGCUAUGAUGGUUGGAAAGCCAGUGAGGCAGUGGCGGUCCAUCUGUAAGGGACUAAUACUGGGCGCACUCCUGACCACCUGUAUGAUUCUACUGUACUGUCUGUCUGCUCCAGAGGUCCACUUCAGCCUACAAGAAAUCCCAGUGCCUUACUCAUGUGCACAUCGGCCUUCUACCACCCAUGCCUCAACAAUCUCUAACAGGUCCCAUCACGGCUCUGGGCAGAGAACCUGCACUCCAAAAGUGGACAUCAUGUUCAUGAAAACUCAUAAAACAGCUAGCAGCACUUUCCUCAAUAUACUCUUUCGCUUUGGCGAAAAACACCACCUCAAAUUCGCCUUCCCCAACAGUCGCAACGACUUCUCCUACCCCUCCCCAUUCCAUCGCUCACAAGUGAAGGACUACAGGCCUGGAAUGUGUUUUAAUAUCAUCUGUAAUCAUAUGCGUUUCAAUGCUGUUGAGGUGGCCAAAGUGCUGCCAGUCGACACAGCUUACCUCACAAUCCUUCGUAACCCGGCUGAUCUCGCCGAGUCUUCGUUCCACUAUUUUGGACGUGUAGUGCCACUAACAUGGAAGAUUUCAGGGGGCGAUAAGCUUCGAGAAUUCUUGAUGGAUCCUAAGCUUUACUAUGACCCGGAAGGAUUCAAUUCAUUCUAUCUGAAGAACUUGCUCUUCUUUGACUUUGGGCAGGAUAAUAACUUAGAUCCUGAUGACCCAAAGGUGGACGCAGCCAUUCAUGCAGUCGCCAAGCGUUUCCAGUUGGUCAUGCUUGUGGAGUAUUUUGAAGAGUCUCUUAUAUUGCUCAAGGAUGCCCUCUGUUGGGAUAUGGAGGACUUGCUAUUUUUCAAACUCAACGCUCGGAAAGGUUCAACCAUUUCUAAACUUACUCCAGAACUCAGAGCAAAGGCACUAGAGUGGAACGCCAUCGAUUGGAAGCUUUACCACUAUUUCAACGCCACUUUCUGGCAGAAAGUGGACGCAUAUGGCCAUGAGCGUAUGGCAAGGGAUGUCGCAGAGCUGCGGCGCAGAAAUGCAAAAAUGGCUUCUAUUUGCAUUGAGGGAGGCCAUGCUGUUGAUGCAGGAAGCAUCCUAGAGACUUCCAUGCAACCAUGGCAACCAAUCGGUGAGAAGUCAAUUAUGGGGUACAAUCUGAAAAAGAACAUUGACAAAGAACAUCUGAAGCUGUGCAGGAAGAUGCUAACCCCAGAGCUGCAGUACCUUACUGAUAUGGGCGUCAACCUGUGGAUAACAAGACUGUGGGGUCAUAUAAGAGAGAUCCUUCACUGGUAGCUGAAUCGAAAUGUUUUGCAUUUGAUCUUUACUGUUAAAAAGGAUAUUUCACCCCAAAAUGAAAAUUCAGUCAUCAUGUAUACACCCUCAUACUGUUCCAAGCACAUAUUUUUUGGAGAUGUUAGAUGUUAGGCAGAAUGACAAUCUCAGUCACCAUUCACUUUCAUUGUUUGGGAAGAAAAUGCACUGAAAGUGAAUGGUGACUGAAAAUGUCACUCUCCCUAACAUCUUUUGUGUUCCACAGAAGAAAUAAUGUUUUACUGGUUUGCAACAACAUUAGAGUGAGUAAAUGAUGAAAGAAUUUUUAUUUUUGGGUGAACUAACCAUUUAAGGUCAAAGGUCAGCACUGAUUUGUACGACAGACCUAAAACUUUUUUCUGUGUCAGAAAGAAAUUCAAAUAUUAAAAGACAUGACAGAACUUUUUCAUGGUUAAAUGAAUCUUACACAAACAAGUGGUGACAGUCACAUCUUUAAUAUGUUAGCUGUGUGCAGGGGCAGUUCUAAGGUCAAUGGAUAUUCAGGGCUUAGUGCAGACCUCUGUGGAUAUGUAUAGGGCCAUCCUUUGAUAAAAAUUUUUUUCUUUUUUUUAAUCUAAAUGUAGUACACUACACUUUAUAAAGAAAGUUGAAAUGUUACAUCUGUGGGGUGUUUUUUAAAAAGUAAGUCUUUAAAUAUUACUAAAACUAAAAGGUCCCAAUAGCUUUUGUUUCAGCUUCAAAUAAGCUCAAAGAUCAGAAGUUGCAUGUUAUUAACACAAGUGUGUUUAAAAAAAAAAAGUACACUUUUUUUGUCCCUUCCGGCCUUCCAUACUUUGAUGCACAUUGCUUACAGUUGACAGUAUUGAAGCCUAUUAUUGAUUAUCUUAUUGAUGCCCCUCUUUCUAAAACCCGCCCUCCAAAGAUAACGUUGUACCGCUGAGACUGCAGAAGAGCAGCAGUGCAAUUUCUCAGCUUGCCAAACACAAUAGUAGCAAAAUAGCGCCCUUAACUGACAACUGUAAUGAAUGUGGAUAUGGCAUAAAAGGGUUGAUGUCAUGCAUUUUUUAAUUAUUAUUUUCCUUGAGGUUCACUUAAUGUUAGAAAAAAAAAACAACAAAAAAAAAAAACAGUCAUAAUGUAGUAUUAAAUGACCUUUUUCCACCCUGUCCCUGGCCCUCUGUUUAAAACGCUCAGUUUCUGUGCUACUUACCCUUUAAAACUUCAAUAUACAUGCCCAGUGUUCUGAUUGGCUAACAUCUAUGCAGAGAAAACGAUGCAUUCAUUUUAGCCAAAAUACAAAGUUUCCUGACUAGCAUGAGACAGCUGAGAUAGCUAACAGCCUUACUAGCAUAUACUUCUCCACUGCCUUUCAUUACACUCCGCACUGCGCUCUUCUUACUUACUGUAAUUAUUUUAUGUCAAAUCAAUAUUUUGUGAGUAAUUAAGUAUUCCUUUGCUAAGUAACUGUGUAAUAAAAUAGAUCCGCUCUGCGUUGGAAUCCUGAUUAUAGUUUAAUGAAUAGUAAAUAUCUGACUAUUCAAUGACUUACACAUCAAACUAACACAGACAGGUGAAACAUUUGAAUUAAAUUUGUUACUCACCUGCAUUACCGUCUGUUCUCAAAAGAAUCCAUAAAGAAAUGUGCCGAUUGCCAAACAAAAUAUAAUUCCACACUGACGCAUUCAGGAACUUCAUUCAAAUACAUUUAAGCCAAUCAUUCCUAAUGUUGGGAUCCUUCGGAAGUCUAUGCAGAGAUGCAGAUUUUCCACAGCCAGAACACAACACCAUCUGGGGACGUUACUCCAUAUUAUUCAUCUUUAAAUUGGAUAAAAGCAAAUUAAAGUAACAAUAGUACCACUUUCAGUGUUGGAGUACCUCAGCAAAGCUCUCUCUCUCUCUCUCUCUCUCUCUCUCUCUCUCUCUCUCUCUCUCUCUCUCUCACACACCGUAAUGAUUACACAUGUUUUGGAGGGAGGGAUAUGCAAAUGACACCACAUCCUGACAUCAUGAUUUGGCCGAUUUCAAAAUGAGCCAUUUUUGCAGAGUGGAAACAUUGCUCUUUUUGGACUGGAAAGUAAGUUUUGAGUUCUGAAACAUAGAAUAUGAUUUUAUAGUACAAUGACCACUUCUAUGUGCAAAUAUCAAGGAAAAUAAUACUUCUUCUCAUGACAUGACCCCUUGAAACCUGAAUGAUCCGCUUCAGUUACUACACUUAAGCCAAUGCCCAAAAUGAUUGACAGAUAAAAAGCACAUCAAAGUCUUCUAGUUGGUGGAUCAAAGGUUGUAACAGCAGCCCACAUUCACAUUUUUGGUUUAAUACAUAAUUGUCUUGUAAUGUCACAGAGACAAUUAUUUCAGUGAUAUUUUUCAGGGAGUUGGAACAUCUUCUGCAUACCAUUCCAUAAAAAAAUCACUUACAGCACUUUUAAUUUAGUUUAAGAUAGCAUGCUGUAAAUAGGCUAGAAUAGGUACUUAUGAUAUAAAAAAUGUAAAAAAAAUAUAUAUAUUUCUAGAUUUGUAAAAUUGCAAAUGUCCUGGCUCAUGACUUAAAGUUUGCAGAUUGCUUGAGCAUAUUUGUAUAUAUUACUUAUUGUUUUCAGGGUUAUAUAUCUUAAUUUCUUAUUAUUAUUUGGUACCAAGGGUGUAGCCAGGAAAUUACAUUUCGGUGGGCCUCAGUAAAAAUGGACGGGCCAAGUUUUUGCCCAAAUCUUUUUUUUUUUUUUACCAAAUUUUCCUUAACAACAGAGAAGCGGCACAUUCAAACAGUUCUUUCACACUUUCAGAAAUUAGAAUGUAUGCAUGUUUUAAACUGUUUUAAAAUAUAUAUUUGAAGUCAAAGAAUAAUCUCUAAUAUUCUGGGUUGGCCUGGGUCUAAUUUGGGUGCGCCCAGGCCCACCCCGGCCCACCCUUGACUAUGCCACUGUUUGGUAAUUACAGCAUCUGUUCUAAUACAGUAGCUCACCAAGACAGGCAUUUAGGCUGCAAUCGCACGUACGCACAUUUGCAUGAGUGCUGGAAAGCAGCCGCCAGCAGGACAGCACGUAGGUACUGAAUUGAUCGGUAUUUGGUAUUAUUGAUACUGUAUUGAAAAACUGGUAUCAUUAAAUUGUAUAUAUAUACAGUAUAUUACUUAAUAUUAAAAAUAUAUAUAUUUACAUUUAGUAUCAACAUGAUACUAAUUGACAUCACUAAAAAAUGGUAAAAACAUUAGGGGCUUAAGCCCCAGUAGUCUACUCCUAGCACCGCCCAUGGCUGCGUGUUUAUUAAAUAAUGUACUGUAUGUCACUGCUAUGUAUUAUGUAUAUGCUUGAGUCAAUCAUAAAAAUAAAUCAACUAUACACUUC